UAUAUAUAAAAAGAAUCAACCAUUCUAAUUUCAGUAAAAAAUAAAAAUAAAAAAAAUAAUUCAACCUGAUUUGAACUUUGCGUAUUAUUACUUCCGGGAAGCAAUUGAGAGGAACACGCUGCGCAAAUAUGGAUCGUUUUUUGCAACCAAAAGUUCCACGGAUGGAAUUUGAGAAGGAUGCAUUUUUGGAAGCAGAGUCCGACCAACAAAGAAAUAUUAAUCUGGAUGAAGAAGAUAAACUGUGCAGUUAUCCUUCCACUGCUGCUGAGAAUGCUAACAGUGUUAGCACUGGACAGCUAGAAGAUCUAAGCAGAAGUCCUCAAGAUGGACCAAGACGACCACAAACGAGUGGAUCAAAACUCCCCAACAUGCUCGACAAAGGACAUUCUGCAUUGGUUCAGGAGAACCGGAGGUACAUGAUGGGUGUUGUAGAAAGUUUGCGCUACACAGCUUGUCAGGGAAUCGCACAGCGCAGUCACAGUGAGAAACAGGAUUCAGCUAACAAAGGUAAUUUUCGUGAGAUGCUUGAUGUGAUUGGAAAAUUUGAUCCCAAUGUCCAAAAAAAGCUGACAAUUAAUCCAUCUAAUGCUAAGUAUGUUCAUCAUGACAUACAGAACGAAAUAUUUAAUGUUAUGGCUGAAAUGAUAAGAAAACAAAUCAGCAAUGAAGUGAAAGAAGCUCAACACUUUGCUAUUUUGGUGGAUGAAAGUAAAGAUAUCAGCAAAAAAGAACAAAUAUCUGUUAUUGUUCGUUAUUUGCAGCCAGAUUCAGAGAAGGUGGUGGAAGAAUUUUUGCAUUUCACCCCAGCAGAAGGAUUAGAUGCAGACUCACUUUUUGACUGUAUCAAAAUGACCCUCAGUCGUUGUAAUAUUGAUAUAAAUUGCUGUGUCGGACAGUGCUAUGACGGUGCUGCUGUUAUGUCCGGGUGCAACAAUGGAGUUCAAGAAAAGUUGAGAAAAGAGGUGCCGCAAGCUGUGUACAUUCACUGCCAUGCUCACAGGCUGAAUCUUGUGUUAGUAGACUGUGUACAUAAUGUUGAUGCUGCAGCCGAUUUUUUUGAGAUAUUGCAAAUGCUUUACAAGUUUUUUUCUGGGUCUGUUGUUCAUGAUCUUUUUUUGAAGAAGCAGGAAGAACUUGUGUCAGCUGUACAGCGCCUAGAACUUAAAAGACUCAGUGACACCCGCUGGGCGUGCCAGUAUGAUUCCAUACGUGCUGUCAAAAAAACUCUCCCAGCUGUUAUAGCUACGCUGCACGAUGUUGUUGACCAGAAAAAUGCUAAAAGGAGGACGGAGGCUAAAGCUCUCAGUGCACUUAUAGAUAAGAAGUUUGUUCUGCAUCUUGUAAUUUUUGAGGAUAUUUUCAGAACAACAAAAUUCAUGUCUGAUCAGCUACAGUCUCCUAAUUUAGAUCUAGUAGCAGCAAAUGACCUGGCUCAUUCUGUAAUAACUGCUUUAACAGAAAAACGCACAGAUGACAAAUGGGAGACACUCAGAAAAGAAGCAGAAGAACUUUGCAGCAACACAGGAAUAGCAACAGAGACUGUACAUCGGCAGAAAAGACAGACUCAAACAGCUAAACAUCUAGAGCACUUUAUUGUGGAUGCCUCAAUAGAAAGAAAAGGUGCAGACAGCACGGAUGACCUAAAAACAAAAUCAUUCUAUUCUGUUAUAGACAGGAUGCUAAUGGAAAUGAAACAGCGUUUUUCUUCAGAAACUAAUGAAGUACUGAAAGGUUUGCCAGCUCUAAACCCCAAACACCCAUCAUUCCUUGACAAAAAAUGGAUACUGCCUAUGGCCUGUCUUCAUGGAGUUAACGAGGAGAACUUGUCAGCUGAGCUCCACCAGGUUCGCCGGCUGCUGAAAAGGAAAGAAGAACUGGGACUUAUAAUCAACAACACACAAGACUUCCUAUCUGUGAUGCGGCCCUACAAAGAUGCAUUCCUGGACUUGUAUAAGCUGAUAUCCAUAUCUUUGACUCUUCCAGUAACAUCAGUGAGCUGUGAGCGCAGUUUUUCUUGUUUGCGUCGUUUGAAGAACUACCUAAGAAACAGCAGCGGAGACAGUCGAACAAGUGACCUGGCACUUCUUGCUAUCAAUCCUUUAAGAACCAGGACCCUGGACAGUGACAGGAUUAUUGAUGCUUUUGCCCUCAACCACAAUAACAGGCGGAUUGUCCUGUUAUGAAGACUUCUG